UUGAACCGAUUGGGAUAGGCCUAAAAUGAUGAGGGCCAUUGCAGUAAUUAAAGGGUUAAUUUACGAGGUUCGUUGUUAAAUAUAGCAAACACCGAACGCAAAUACAGCAAUCGAAAGCGUAACCGUCAAAGAACUAAUUUCUCAAGAAAGAGAUAAGAAUCUGCAAUUGCCAGCAACAAAAGGGUGCAAACCCAGAAGAAAAGAAAAAAAAAUGAGCACUGGGGUAGGAAAAACCGUGUGUGUAACUGGAGCCUCUGGUUACAUUGCUUCAUGCCUUGUUAAGCAGCUUCUCCUUCGUGGCUACACUGUCAAAGCCUCUGUUCGUGACCCAAAUGAUCCAAGAAAGACACAACACUUACUUGCACUUGAAGGUGCUGAGGACAGGCUGAAGUUGUUUAAAGCAAACCUAUUGGUAGAAGGUUCCUAUGAUUCUGUUGUUGAAGGUUGUGAAGGUGUUUUCCACACAGCAUCUCCCUUUUAUCAUGAUGUCACAGAUCCACAGGCAGAAUUACUUGAUCCUGCUGUGAAGGGAACAUUGAAUGUUCUGAACUCAUGCGCUAAGACCUCCUCCGUCAAACGUGUGGUCUUAACAUCUUCUAUAGCUGCAGUUGCAUACAAUGGAAAACCUCGAACUCCAGAUGUUGUGAUUGAUGAAACUUGGUUUACUGAUCCUGAUUACUGUAAGGGCUUAAAGCUUUGGUAUGUAGUCUCAAAAACCAUGGCUGAGGAUUCUGCCUGGAAAUUUUCAAAAGAGAAGGGCAUUGACAUGGUUGCCAUAAACCCUGCUAUGGUGAUCGGCCCUCUUUUACAGCCAACCCUUAAUACGAGUGCUGCAGCAGUUUUAAGCUUAAUUAAAGGAGCGCAAACAUUCCCAAAUGCAACUUUUGGUUGGGUCAAUGUUCAAGAUGUUGCAAAUGCACAUAUCCAGGCAUUUGAGAUUCCAUCAGCUAGUGGAAGAUAUUGUUUAGUUGAGAGAGUUGCACAUUACUCAGAAAUUGUGAAGAUCUUACGUGAACUCUAUCCUUCUUUCCAACUUCCAGAAAAAUGUGCAGAUGACAAGCCUUAUGUGCCAACAUAUCAGGUGUCAAAGGAAAAAGCAGCAAGUUUGGGCAUAGAAUUCAUUCCUUUGGAUGUGAGCCUCAAGGAAACAGUGGAAAGCCUGAAGGAAAAGGGAUUUGUCAAUUUUUGAGUCUCGUUAGCUCUCCCUGCAGGCUUUAUAAUAAAUAAAUGGUGGUGUUAGCUUGCUGUUGCUUUGGCUGUUUUUUAUUUUUUAUUUUAAUUUAAAUUUUUUUCAUUUUACUUGAGAAUGAAGAUGUUGUACCCUUUUGCAGUUGGCUUCUAAGCAUAAUCCUUUCAGAUAUUUGACUAGGAAAAAUGGUGAUUCAAUAGUGAAAACUAUGUUUUGAUGGCACGAACCUAGAUUUCUAGUUUCACUCUGAGCUCUUGAAUUUCACAUUUAUCUUCUUUAAUAAUUGAUGAAGUAAUCACUCCACUGGGCUCUUCAUUCAAUGAUAUGUACCAAAGUGAGUUGAAAUAUGAAUAGGAAGUCAACUGCUUCAUGCAAUUAUUGAGGUGGCAUCUUGGGGAUCAAAUAUU